GGAGGUGGUAUGCCGUACCCAGCGUCGACGGUCAAACGCGCAAACAUUGAUCGGAGGGUUCCACGCAAACCCAAACUGGGGUCUCGAUUUGAUCGUGUGUGGGGGAAAAGCGCGCGCGUCUGACGGUUGCAUUGCUUCCUUCAGUGAAGAUUUACGGCCACCGGAAACUCUCGGAAGCCCUGCGAGGCUCUCGGCUCACAGUCCGGAAAGGAAGUGGAAUGGAAAUUUGAUCGAUUCACUGUUGCUAGAGAAUACCAUUGAAGGAGAAAAGGUCGUAAGUCAGUGACAUUUGAAACGGUUCUCAGCGCAAUAUAGUGUUCAGUAGUGUGCAUUGAAUUUGACAACUUUGACAGCGGCAAUUUUUGAUAACGUUCGUAAGCCCCGGUAAGUGCCGGUAUGCAUUGUGGUGCCGUGAGAAUAUGUGGGUGUGAUUGUGCAGCAUUUGGUUACCAACCGUCGUUUGAAAAGAAGGCAUUAACAUGUGAAUAAUAAUGCAAGUGCGCAUGUACCUAACUGACGCGACAAGUGCUGUUUAUCUCCGGGGUUUGUUUAUGAAAGAAAAAUAAGUUCCCGUUGCCUUGGUGAUCAACGAUUCAUGUACUGCAUAAGUGACGGAUGUGCCGAUGUGUUCUGUUGUGUGGUGGUUAACUUACAGAUAUGUGGCACAGAUAUAGCUUUCAAGUGAAAUAAUGCGUCGAUGCUGAGUGAUACUGAGUAACGUGAAAAUACAAAUAAAGUUCGCCGCUUUCGAAGAAUAAAGCUGCUAUAGUUUCCUCGCACACUGCUCGUGGAAUUCGGUUUUAAGUUACAAUUUUUACAAAAGGGAUCAAAGACACAAUCACGUACGACCACAGCAGCAGCAACAAUGCCUGACCUAAUUUAACGAAUUUUGAUUGCGAUGGAUGAAUCCAUUGGAAAAUUACUGCCGUUGGAUUUCCCUACCAGUGGCCUCAACCUCCAAAUGGUCCCAUCCAAAUGCAGCAAUGCAUCAACGGAUUUUAUCUCACCACUGGCCAACAGCAAGCAGCCCCCCGUUAUUGUUGGCAUGGCGGUCAAGCGAAGCCUCAGACGUCAGGAGGACUCCCCGGCGGAGAAACAGGUUGAUUCGAGUGUGGUCACUGCCAGCUUGGGUCAUGGGAUCGACUUCCUGGAGAAGUGGCACCGAGAUAUGUUCGAGUGUCCCCGAUUGCGAAAUGAUUGCAAUAACAACGAUAGCACCAACGGUAACGAUGAUAGCCAGCGACAAGCAGACGACAAGCAGACUAAAGUUGAGGUAGAUAAUGAGAUCGAUUUGAUUGACUUCAGCACUGAUGUCGUCGAAGUGGUUCCAGUGGUGCAGGGUAUAAAGGCGCCGAAAGUGAAGAAAGUAACAUUUCUUCUGGAAGAUCUGACGGGAAGUGAUGGGGAAGAAUCGCACGAUGGAACCAUCGAUGGGGUAGACUUUGAGGGGAUAGUGAUGGGUGUCGACUGCAAGAAUGAAACCAAAGAAGGUGAAUGGGAUGUAAGUGAAACCGUUGAGCGGUGCGGGUGGAAGAGCACGGAAAGAACUGCUGGUGGUAAUGAAAUAUCAACAGAGACUAUGCAAACAGAUGAUAUUGUUUCUAUCGCAGAUGAUGGUCAUGGGCGAGAGGCGACGAAAGGAAUGGAUACAGUCCAGUGCGCAUGUCCGCCGUUACAUUACGAUAGUCAUGAGCGUCAACGGUGUCAUUAUUGCUACCAUCAUCGUCAGCAGCAGCAGCAGCAGCAGUAUAAUCACCACAGCUAUCACUGCCAGCAUCCUCCAAGAAAUGCCUCAAAUGGGCGAGAAUCCCCCUCCACCGCCCAGUUCUCAGCGAUGGGAAGACAGCGCCAGCAGCGGACUGCUCUAUUGCCAAACAACACCAACACUCUGAUAGAGCUGAAUUCCGAUACAUUGCCGUGGGAGAGGAAAAUCGACCAAAUACCAGAGGACAUCUCUGGCGUUGAAAAUGCACGCAAGCAGAACGCAUGUGCAGUAGCUGGCAACAUUGGAGUCAGUGGCAGAAUGUGUCCAAUUGGCACCUAUACAAGCAGCCCCGGAUGUAUCCGUGAAUCGAUCGAUGUCAGCAGAGACGACGAGGACGAGGGCAACAUUGUUGAUGUUCAGGAUGUUGUGCACGUUCAGGACGACGAAGGUGGCAGUACUCGUGUGGCCCGAACCGUACCCGAGUGGCUCAUCGAGCCACCGAGAAUCGAUGAAACGGUUCCGAAUCUGAGUAGUCUGCAGCCAAUUGUCAAAGAAGCAGAAAAUGUUGUAAUAUCAGUACCUACUGGUAUUGAGCAGCUGGAAUUUGGACCAAAAAAUCAUCCGAAUCCGAGCCAGUUGUGUGAAAAAUCGAUUCAGGUUCCAUCGCCAUCGCGUCAGCCCUCGAAUAGUGCAGAAAACAGUGGCCCACGGGUGGAAAAAGAAGUUCACUUCCGUCUGGAGGAAAAUUACUACAGCAAAAGUUCGGACAGUGAGAGUGAAAAUUAUUAUGGAACUGGUUCUCCACCCCCUCCCCCACUAGUUCCACCCGACAGUGUUCCACCACCGUAUGGUCUGAAUGUUGAAGUUACCCUUAACGCUCAUAUCAGUGUUCAUGGAUUAAGUGAUUUUAAUUUUUUCUCCGCUGGCGAAAGAUCCAGUCCCGGAGGACCGUUUUCGACGGAGGAAAAGAUUCUGAAGGAUUGUGCUACCAACACCAGCAGGAAUAACAACGCAAACGUUACCCCAUCCAGUGCUGACAGUGGAAUUAUUAUUAUCGACGAUGACGUCGAUGAUUGUGGUGGCGAAAUUGGAAGUGCUACUGUGGAAGAUGAAAUCUCUGAGCCUUUGCUUCUGGUAGAGGACAGUAUCGAAAAGAAACCAGUGGGACAGUGUCGAGAUCAGGAUACUCAGACUUUUGUCGGAAAUUUCCUACAGCCCAGAAAUACCAAUGAAAUUAGUGUGCAAGUGUGUGAAAAUGGCGAUUCCGACCUACGAAAUCCUGAUAGCUCUGAUUCAUGUGUAAGUGAGUCGGAAAUAGACGAACGAAAAGAUUUAUGCUCCCCCCAAGCGGAGCACACAGAUCAAUAUCUUAGACCCCCAAACAGUUUUCUCAGCGAGAAGCAAGAGUGUUUCGAAGCGAGCAAUCGAUUAAAGCGUCUGGAGGAGCGUUUUCGAGGGUUUACGUUUACGAAAAAGUUAUUACGUGAAUCGUUAGGCUCAUCCGCGGUACCGUCACAGAAUCUAUCAUCCUCGCUGAGUUCUCUCUCGACUCUGCUGGCAAACUGUACCAACACAAACGAAGCAUCCGUCUCAUCGUCAUCAGUGCCAGCAUCAUCGACCCCAUCGCUGCCAGCUGCUGCCAGGGCAGAACAAGAACAGGAGGACCAGUCUCUUGCGAGUAACUGUUUUGUGCCAUCCAGAAAAACAUCAUCUCUAAGCUGCCUUGAAAAGGAUGGCCAUCAAAGCGAGCACCAGCUGAGCCAUUUUCCGAAACGUGCAGCACCAAUCCUACCUCCGUUAUCCUCCUCCUUGCUGUCCCUCUCAGCAUCAUCUCUACUUUCCCUUUCCUGUAUUGACCUCGAACGCCAACAACGGCAGCAACUGCAAACCCAACAAAACACUGCUAGCAAUAAAAGUAAAAUAAACGAUAAUAACACCGACUAUUUUCUGCUGAAUUAUCCUCUCGAGUCUAACAAUACCAUCGUCGAUUCGGAGAAAUCGUUAUCCAAGUCAUCAUCGCUACCAUCCUUGCUACCACAAUAUCUGUUCCCAGCACCGCAAGUGACAUCACAAUCAUCCCUUCGGUCGCCAUCUGAACAAGCUUCGGAGACGAGUAAAUCAUCUGUUCCUUUAUUUUCGCCCGCGGGGACAAAAGAAUCGCUGCUCCCCGGGGACGAACUUGUGCCCUGUCAGCCCAGAAUACCAUUGUUCCUGAAAACACCUCUGGAUGAGCCUUAUCGAUCCUCGGUGGGAACGCCCGAGUCCAGCAUAGAAUCGGAGGAAAUUUGUGAAAUAUUUCCCGGCGGCAAAGCCCUUGUCGGAGAUCCUUUGGAAGUGGUUGAAACGGUGUUCAAAGAAUCCGAAGAGGACGACGACGUAGACGAAGAAGUUGAUGAUCGGGACGUUACGCGUCGAAGUGAAAGUGAGGAAAAUCGUGAAUUUUUCAACCUAGAAAAGCUCCUAACGGCCGAUCCGUACACUAAUUGUGAGUUUGACACUCGACAUCUCAACCAGUACGAGCCGACGGUUUACCAGAUUAAGUACUGCUACGAUGAGCUCGAGGAGGAGCUAGAGAGCGAGGUCGGAAGUGUCGGUGGAAUACUGAUCGGCAGUGAGAGUGAACGGGUGGGCAGUGUGGGUGUAAGUGACGAGGACGGGUGCGAGUGUGUGAUCGAGGCGGUUCCGAUCUAUCGUACGCUGCCGCUCAACAUGCGUGAGACGACCGGAACCCUCCGGGGGCUGCUGAAGAAACCCAACCGACCGCCGCCGGUGCGGAAGAAUCGCGUCGUGUUCGACGAAACGCGCAAUGAGUUCUUCGAGGCGGAUUACAUCAUUCUGAUUCGGGAGGACUGCCCGUACGACGAGGAGGACGAGGAGCCGUGUACCUGCGGCGAACACGAGCUCGUUAGAAUAUGUUGUGACGAAGGCUGCAACUGCGGCUACACGGACGAUGGACGGACGCCUCCGAGUCCCAAAUUUGCUCCUCCCAUAGAGUUUGUCGAUCAGGCCACGCUGAGUCCUCCCGAGGGUUAUAAGGACGGCAGUGGGCUGUUGGACAAUGCGCUCGGCGGCGCCCUCAGUGGGCAUGUCUUCGGUGCACAACAUAUUCAGCAGCUCCAAGUUAUCCAGCGGCUACAGCAGCAGCGGGCGGCCAUGUUGGCCGCACGAGCUGCUGCUGGUCAGCAGGGACAACAAACGGGCAGCACUCAGAACCCUCAGACUGGCAGUAGCGGAGGACCUCCAGGACAGACACAACCGCAACAGCAGCAACAGCAGCAGCCCCAGCAGCAGUCACAACAGCCACAACAGGCGCAGCAACAGCAACAGCAGACUGUCUGUACCGAAUGUGCGGAAUGCGCAGAAUGUGCUGCCAAGCAGCUGCAUGAUGAAGAGUGCGAUUCACAAUGUUCGGAUGACAUCUCGCCAAUGAUGGAAGCACCGUUGCCACCUCAUGCCACUCUGCCAAUCGCUCUGGUGCCACUGCAAAAAUUCUCCCCGGAGCGAAGAAUUACCCAGAAGGAGAUUGUCGCGGGUGAGGAACGGCCUAAAUUCCUGACCAUCAAGCAGGUCCAGGAUGUCUCUCAAGCUGAUGAUGAUAAGAGCCAGUCGGCGGGUUUGACAGUCUCCAAAACACAAAACCAACAGCGUUAUAUUGUUGAAACCAUCACGAUGACCACCGUCACCGAGCGACGGAUCAUCCAAAAGACUCAAACUAAUACCGAUUCUCCUCCUCUUCCUCCUUCAUCUACCACUCCCCCUUUGGUAACUAUCGUUGCAGUGACAUCGAACAAUGAAGCCGCAGCUUCCACAGCAGUGCCCUCCGUCGGUCCCGGUGUCAGUAGUAACGAUCUUCGAACUCUACAGCAGAAGCAACUGGUGCAACAGCUCCAACAAAAGCAGCAACAGGAUCAAUCGACAGCGGUCGCAGCGACCGGAUGCCCUGGACAGGAAUCCUGCCAACAACAACCACCCACGCAGCCUGCGAGUGGGGCUUGCAUAAAUAGUCAUUACGAAAUAGGAAAACACAAACAAUUAAGCACGGCGCAGGCAAUAAGUGGCAUACUGAAAGGUGGAAAACUCUGGAAGAAUGAACAUCAACCACAGCAGCAGCAGCAGCAGCAGCAGCAGGGGCAGCAACAAUCCCAUCCGCAGGCUCAACAGCAGCAGCACCAGCAACAGUCCCAGCAAUCAGCACAGCACGACGACUCGACCAAUGUGACAUCGGACGAGGAAACCAGCUCAAAGCGAUCGGUGCGUUUCACCGAAGAGUCCACAAUUCGGGAGGCCUGUUGCGAUGGCGAGGUUCAGUCCGGUCUCGGUGAAGGAGAGAUGUGCACCGGAAAACCCAUCAACUACAUGUCGGAUACGCUGAAGCGACACUCCUCCAGUUUGUUUCACAAUGCUCUUCGACCUAAUUCGGCCGUUCGGCAACUGUUCCCGAGUACGGCUAUCCAUCCGCUGGUAUGUACGGCUGGCAGUGCGUUGGCGACCUCAACCACCACAACUGUAUCGACGGCGACGGUGUUGACUGCGGUUAGCACGACCAACACAACCAACGCUGGUAAUCCAACGGCACUAACACAAGAGGCCCUGAAGGCCUUCGAUGACUCGAAGAAGGCCACUUUGGUUCAUCAGCACAGUAUCACUAGCAAUAGCAGCAGCAAUAACAUUAACGCUGGCAGUUCGAUGGUUGCGAGCGGCAGUCCGGGCGGUUCCAAUGCGUCAGAGACUGAUACCAUCAGGCGGACAAUCGAACGGAACGCUCUCCGCCGAUCGCUCAUCAAGUAUGAGCCGAAGAAAAAGGUACCUAUUAAGGAUGUCACUUCGCUGGAGGAACGUAUUCGGCAGCUAACUUGUGACAUCGACGAACCGAUUGACGAAGGUGGCGAUGGUGACCAUGGCAACGAUACUGAUCUCAGUGAAAUGGAACGACGGGAUAGUCCAGCAGGGGAAGAAAAUCCCCAACAACCCAAAUACAUCCCGGAUAAAAGUUUCUCCCCAAGUUCGUCGGCCUCAAGCUCAUCCAGUGGAUCCAACGGAUCGACAUACAAAAAAAUCACCGAUCUGUUCCAUCGUGACCGGCGACAUGAGAAGAUACCGGAAGCAGAUGAGAAUCCGAUAGUCAUUAUUCCACAGGAUUGUCGUUGUCCGGCUGGACCAGACAUUGGAAUGGGGGUUCAGAUUCAAGGCGCCCAUACCCAAAUCCACCAACCACCGCAACAGCGCCAAACGGAUUCUCGAAGACAGUUCCUCUCAACACUUGCUCCACUGACGGCAUGCGUUGCAGGUCAACGCGAUGAUCUGUCCUACUACACACUCGCUCAGCCUGGCGACAGGAAUUCGUUGGGUAGCUCAGCGUGUACGGAAUAUAGUUUAGGAGAUAUUGACGCCGUGCUUCGUGACGAUGAAAGCAAAAAGGUAGCUCCGGAUGUAAUUGCCGGUACUCCGGGCCAGGAAUCGGAUGAAUUGGCGGCUUUCGUACAGCAGGAGGGAGCAAGAACAGAACGACUGAAAAAACGCUACAGUACCGAAACAUCCACUUCGGCACCUGCUUCUGGAGCAGGUUCUGACGAUGACGAGCACAAUGAUUAUGGGUUCAACUCGCGGCCUUCGGUAAAGGGAAUCAAACCGAGGUUUGGUUCUACCAACGAAAUACUUCAACAGAUGCAAGCUCAACUGGCGGCGCCGUCGCCACCCCAGCCUAAAUCCCAGACCAGUACCGAUCCACCUCAGCCAAUGCAAUCAAACACUUUGCCAAGACCGCACACUGCUAGCAGUAUGCAACUGGCCGCCGCAAAGCAACAGAUAACAACCCAUCAACACACGGCGUCCUGGAGCUACUAUCCCGUAAACAGCACUCAAUCCAAGACGGUGGCAGCAGUUGCGGCUGCCGGAACCAACAUGGUUGCUGCUGUGGACCCCCACGGAAACUACUAUCACAUCCCGGCUCAAGCCCGCCAUAGCUACCACGGACAGGAAGCCAUCUAUCAAAAUUGUGCUCAACUGCCUGCAGGCAAUAUUCAGGCGAACACGGUUCACGUUCAGUCACAGCAAAUUCACACCCAGCAUCACGCGGUGCACACUGCUCACCAUAUACAUCAGCCAGAUCCGGCGGCCUAUGGAAAGUUUGCCCGAAGUCCAACAAGGCGACCGGAGUCUCCACCACCUCUGCGAAACUACCAUCAAACAAUGGUACUGAUUCCGUACAAUGCCGAAACCUAUCAUCAGUACACCGCUCAAGAACAGGAGAACUAUCGACAGCAGCACAAUAUCGUUGAGUAUCAACAGGUAACCCAACAAACGAUCCGUGUUCCGGUCGGAUAUCCACUGCCCGGAAUGCAGCUUCACGUGGUCGCUGGUCGAGGCGCCCUUCCCCCGCACUAUUCCACGUUGCCAAGGCUCGGAUCGGGCUCCAAUGCGGCCACAGCGGUUUCAACGCCGAAUGUUACCCAAGGCAAACCACCGGCCUACAGUCAAUAUCCGAUGGAGAAAAACGGGGUGAAAUUUACCGAACGGGGUGCACCUGAAGGAGCGGCUAGUGUCCAGCCAAACGAUUCGAACAGUUUGCUCUCUCCCACCUCCCAAGGUCAUGGACCGCCAACUGCGGCCUCCGUUGGGCCACCCGUAUCGAUGACAAUGUCAACCGGAGGUGCAGGCGCAACACCAAACGUCGGUGGCUCAACCGCUCAAGGACAGGGGGCUGUGUUUUAUGCGAUGAAUGUUUGACACGGAGAUUAGAUAAAUGUCACUAUACGUAUAGAGCAGCAGCAGCAGCAAACGAAUGGCAGCUUGUUGUCUGAAGAUGAAAGCUUUACUGUUGAUAAGCUCAUCGGGGACAUUAAUAGAAACUAUAAGAACUAUAGUCUGGACGAAUCAACAGCGACAUGUGGCCUGGAGUGAAUCAGCAGCGAGAGUUUGUUGGUUCAAAUGUUGUUUCGGGGAGGUAAACUGUGGCACAACGAUUUCCUCGCGGGUUGUAAACUAGGAGUGCUCCAAGCAUGUAAAGCUAUGGAAUCGCAUUGUGGAAUAUGCUCAACAUCUAUUGCUCGUGUACUUUGCAUUUAUGCACUAAUACUUUAGGUUAUUGGUAAGGAAAGUGAUGUGAUUUAUGCGAAAACGAUCCGUUGAUAUUGCAAAAAUCUGAUACGAUUGAUCUGCGAGUGCAGGCUUUUCCGAGUGUUUUCGGUGUUGGGUACUGGCUUCCUCAUACACACACAGGAAUACUGUCUUGUAUAGUUUGACGAAUUGAUAGGGUAGGAACUGUUAUCCUUGAUCUAAAAGUGUAGUUUAGUUACUGCCAGCUCUGCAUAUAUAUAUAAAUUAGAUAUUGUUUAUCCACAGGACAAAAAAAAAGUGUAUACACUGUAUUGUUAAAAACAGCUCCCGGGAGAUGAGGCGGGUGUAUAUAAUGCAUUAGCGACGAUUAGAUAUUUCAGUAACACUAAAAGAUAAAUUUUAAUUAUAGUUAAUCGCUGAAUGGUGCUAGCCACGGCAUUUGCACUCUGAGCUUCUUCGUGUCUUCUUCCUUUAGUUUAAGUUUAUGAUGCUGCAAAUCGGAAUGUUUUCCUCGAACAAACGCGGAUUGAAAGAGAUUACGGAGGUGUUGGUUGAUGAUAGUGUAGUGCAGAUGUUAUUAAAUUCAUUGAUUGCUGAAUUGCUCUGUCUGCUCAAGAUGAAAACGUUCCUCAAACGUAAAUAAUUGUUUUCGGAGUCUUUUUAAAAUUUUGUGGGGGCUUCAAAUCCAUGGUGAAGGAAACAUCCCAUUCUAUUCAAUGGUACUUUUGACAUAGAAUGCGGUCCAGUGGUGGUCUGUGACUGCUAUCUUUCUCAAAGAUAACCAAAACCAACAUAUAACAAAUAUCAUAAAGUAAUCCUACGUCAACUAUGUGGUAGUGCCUCGAACACAACCCUUCAACUUUUUUUUGUUUCUUCUCAACGCAUCAAAUUGCAUGAUAACUACAGAGUGGCGCAUUAUGUUUGCGGAAUCAAAAUUUACAGCAGUGUUUUUGUUGCCAGUAGAAGAGACAAAGUAAUAAUAUAAGGUUGGGGAAAAAGUAAUCCAUUACCAUACAACAUAGAGCAUAACACCUCUUUUGUUGACCAAUUAUGAACGUUUCUGGUCCACCGUUAGCUUCAAACGGUCCAUUUGUUGACAGUAGAGAUCUUAAUUUAGUGUAUUGCACUAAAAGAAAAAUUAAAAAAUUAAUUAAUAAAAAAAUUAAAAAAAUUAAAAAAGAAAACAGCGAACGAUUUUUUUUAGUGUGAAAUGUAAUUUUUACAACGAGCCUAAUUUUGAAAUUGCAUGAUCGAUAAUACGCGAUAUAUUGAUCAUUAAAACCAGCUACUGAAUAAUCCUCCUGGUUAUUUCAACGUUUCUGAUUUUUGAUUUUUUUUUAAAUUUUUUUGUUUAUUAACAGCGAUAUUUUUUACAGUUUUUCUUUAAUAAAGUCAAAAAUGCAAGCCAGGUCGCUGAAAUUGUGAAUGGUGUUCAUGGUGACGAUACUGUAAGCCCCGCCGCACAUACCCACACUCGCAUUGGCCGCCACGAGCAGAGUGCGAGUGGCUGUAUUUAAAACCUAUGACGCAGUACCAAACUCCGCAUUUGCUCUAACGUGUCGACGCAGGCACGUACAUGAACGUACACGUGCGUGUCUGCUAGGUGACCGAGACAUUGUUUUCGAGUGGCAGUGUCACGAGUGCAAAAUGGAGGAACUGAUUGAAGCUGUUCGAAGUGAAAAAUGCUUAUACGUGGUAAAACACCAUGUUUUUUCCUUUUGGACAGGUAAGAGCUCUUCCAUAUUUUUUUUCUCGGAUGAUUCCCUUAUUAACAAUAAUCUAUUUGAAAACUCGUUAUCACUGUCGGAUUCUGAACUUAUAUCAAUCGCGUCCAUCUUGCUUCACUGACUGAUGUACGACUCGUGAAACGAAUUGCGGACACACACGUGCCCACCAAUGUCAAUGUGACAUUGGCGCAGUGUCGUGAACGAGUGCGAGUGUGGGCAUGUGCGGCGGGGCUAACAGUUAAUUACGAGCAAUUUAAUGUUUUUAUUUAAUUUUUUUAGCAGACCUAUCACAGUUGUUUCUAAAUGCCAAAGGGCGAAUAGGCUCUGUGCAUGCUCUUAUCUGCAUGCUCGUGACUUUUAAUCUUGACCAGGGAAUUAUGGCACAAUCGCGCAGGUGCUAAGGAUGACCGCCUUUUGGAUGCCGGCCAAUUCCUUCUCCAACACCUUGAGCGCUUCCAGGAGAGUCUUCGGGACAAUUCUAGUUCCAGAGAGAACGACUGGAACAAUUCUUGGGACCUCAUUUAGCCCCCACAGUUCCUUGAGUUCCACGGACAAUGGUCGGUACUUGCAAAUUUUGCGACCGUGGAUCUCUUCCAGAUUAUGAUUCAGUGGAAUAGCAGGUACCGGUAGAUAGGUACGUUGUCUUCCAAUAUACCACAUUGGAGCGCCAGUUGUCGAUGAACAAUGCUGGUCACGUUGUUGUGGCGCUCGGUUAUGGACUGCCUUCCAUAAUUUAUAUUUUCUCUAUAUUUUCACAUAUCAGAAUCAGGCAUAUCAGAAAAAUGUCAUCAACGUCUUGAUUCCAUUCUUGUCGGAGUGGCGAAACUCAGUGAACUGUUGGAAUCCAAAAUAUUUAUAGGAUUCGCCACGAACCAUGUCCCUGAUAAAUUCGCCGUCAUAGUCAUCGUAGCCUCCGGAUGCGGUGAGUUGUCCUUUUCAUAGAUGGACACAGCGGUACUUAUCGAGGCCGAAUACCAUGCCGAUGUCCCUGCUCAUGAUCACGUAUAUUUUGACGUCAUCGACGUAAAACAUUCGGCAGCCAGCUGGUUCGUGAAUUGCUCCGAUGUUCUCGACCCAAUGCUAACAGUGAGCUUACGAUUCGUAAGGUAUGAUUCAAACUAGACAAUAAGAUCUGUGAAGACAUCGAUUCUUCCUUAUCGUUCCAGUAGAAUUCCAUGAUCAACUCUAUCAAAGGCUGAUUUCAAGUCGUUGUAGACAGUGUCGACUUGAGCGUCGGCAUCAAUGUUGUUUAUGCAAAACGAGGCAAACUGAACCAGGUUCGUGGUAGAGGAUCUUUUAGGGUAAAAUCCGUGUUGAUCCGUGGCAAUGUAAUUCGUGCAGGCGUCGAAAAGUAUAUCGUUCAUAAGGAUUUCGAAGACCUGGUAACAGGCACAGAACAAAGUUAUUCUUCUGUAAUUUUCAACGUUCUGUCGAUAUCCUUUUUUGAACACAGGAAACAUGAUUGACGUUUGCCAGCUUGUGGGAAAGCAAUGUUGCUGCAAUGAGGUUAACGAUGGCCGAUAGUGGAGAAAUCAUCUCAUCACUACAUUUUUCAAUUAUGUAAGCAGGUGUGCCAUCGGGACUGGACAUUGAACGUUUCAAGUUGUUUAUGGCGAAUUUCACUUGGUUCGGCGUGAUCUCGAGAUUUCUCAGAUGGCUCACAUCUCUAGGUGUAUCCCUACAAGCGUCCAAGAUUAGGCAUCUCGCCGAAGUCGUAUGAUUGAACGCACUUCUAAAGUGAGUUGCAAACAGUCUACAUUUUGAUGCAAUGGAAUUGGCAGCUUAAUUGCCCAGAAACAUCUCCGCGGGCAACCUAUUGUUAUAUUUCCGUUUAGAAUUCAAAAAUGUCCGCAAAUGUCGAGGAUUUCUGCGUAAAUCAUCCUGGGUCCGUAUGCAAUAGCGUUUGUAUAAAUAGAGGUUGUAUAAAUAGCGGUUGUGCGUUCUAUAAUUGUUACUAGCGCGUGCGAAAUGUUGUUUGGCAAAUACCCAUUGGGAUUGGCAAUUAGCUCGAAGUGCCUUAGAUCUCACACUAAAAUGUGUGUACAGGUGUACAUUUCCCCAUAGUGGCUUAGGAGACGGUCUGCGCAAUGGGAUGAAAUCAGCCAUAUAACUUUUAAGCAAGCUUGUAGAGCAAUUAACUGCAACGUUUAUUUUAUCUGUGAAUUCUAGGAAAUGCCAAUAAGUUUGGCGAAAGGCUUCUAUUAAUCCUUUAGAUGGUUCGAUGGUCCGAUGAAAAUCAAGUCCAGGUUCAUCCGGAAUGUUUUCAAGUAAGAUGGAUUGUAAGAUACUAAUAGUUACCUCCAAAGCAGGAGGGUCGGCGUCGAGAACUGAGAGCGGUUCUGCAGGAAGAGACCGCUUCAAUUGACUUAAUAUGAUUAUUAAUGCUCACGGUCAGGUGGUAGAUAGAUAGCUUCUUCUUUUUUCUUCUUAAAUGGCACCAACGUUCCUAGAGGAACUUCGCUGUCUCAACGCAGUAUAUCUUGCGUCAUUUUUAUUAGUACUUAGUUGAGAUUUCUUUGCCAAAUAACACGCCUUGGAUACUUUCUGAGUGGCAAGUUUUAGAAUACGCGUGAGAACCAUGCAAGUCGAAGGAAAUUUUUUUGACGAAAAAUUCCCCCGACCAGAACGGGAAUCGAACCCGAACCCCCGGUAUGUUAGGUGUGAAGCUAACCACUCGGCCACGGCAGCACUAGAUAGAUAGCACCAAACCUGUUCUAGUGUUACAUUGAAAUUGGGAUCGAUGAAGUCGUUGUGGUUACGUUGUGGUGGUUUGCGACUAUUGACAUUGCAGCGAUAAGUUCUAUGAACUGUGUAGGAAUACCCGAAAAGUUGUGAUGAAAAUACAAUGACGUCUCGAUUAUACCACGCUCAAAAAAAACUUUCGCGUGAUAAAAUGAAAACGUAAUAUAUUCGAAACAGAUAUUUUUAUUAAACGAAACAUCUUUCUUUCUUUCCAAUAUGUAUGAUUUAAACAUUAUUUUCCGUGCAACAAGGAAAAUUGAUAGUAAAACAUUCAUUAAAAUAUUUAUCACAUGACCACGUAAAAUAACAUCACAUGUAUAACGAAAUUAUAGUUGCAGUGCUUUUCUCAUAGCAAUUUCUUCUGUUUUUUCGAAGACAUUGUGUGAACGACAUUGUACCUAAAUUUAAGUUAUUUUGUGCUUCCCAUUCUAUCGUAUUAUUAAACUUUUGAAUCGAAGUUUUGUAUGAAUUGCAUUCAGUUUUUCAGAGCUGCUAUUUCCGGUUGAUUACUGUAACUAUUUUUCUUUCCCAACAUCGGUAUCUUCAUCCUUUUCUGAUGGAUCAUUCACUAUACCGAUAAUUUGAUUGUUGGAAAGUUGUGUUGUGAAAUAUUCUUCCUUCUUCGAGGUUCGGUACCACUAUUUGAUUACCAGGAUCAGUAAAUAUAAAUAAGGUGGAUACAGAAAUCUCCAUUCCCCCCUUUACGAAAACUAAUCCCAGUGCUUCCUCCCUAUUAUUAUUUCGGAAGAAAGUCUGGAGCAUACCAGUGGAAUAAUAAAAGAAUACAAACGGGUUUCAAGUUAUAUUCGUAACAAAUUUGAUUUUAUACUUGUAUCUGUUUACAAAAAAGGUAUAUAAAGUCUGUCAAGUCAGUAUGGCACCUGAACGUUUUUCGCCAAAAUGGCAUUUCUUGAGAACGUUGUAGAAAAGCACACCUCAUGUCAUCUUCGAUAUCCAGUCUGUAACGGUGUUUUGUUCCCAUCAGCAGGAUUGUAGGAAAUUAAGAUUUCCACAAAUAUUACGAGAAAAACAACAACACUCGUAAUGCUUAUUCCGCAUAUUAGGAUAAGAAUCGAUCAUUCGAAUAUCGAUGAGUUUGUUCUGAAAUUGAUCUGAAACUGUCGUCACUGCAAGUCGGAAGGGACUUCAAACCAUACCCAAAUCCUGUUCUUUGAUAUAAGGAAAAUAUGUUUUAAGUUUAACUUGUUGUAAAAAGUCUUGGUAAAUGCCGUAUAAUUUCCUUUUUACGAUCUUCUGUACUGUUUCGUCGUCUGUUCUAUCAACAUUGCCUGAUGAAACUCUUUCAAACAUUGCGAAGUUACUUUUCAGAUUUGGAAAUGUUUUUGCCGAGGGUCGCAAAUUUUAGCGUAUCCAAAAAAGUUUUUGUGGUAAUUUUUGCUAAUCAUUGCCAUCUUCAAAAAGAAGUAAAUGAGCAAUAUUCGCUUGCAAAUUCCCCCCUUUUUAUGACCAAAUUCCCCACUAGGGGGGAAUUCCCCACCGGUUGAAAAUCACUGUAUUAUCGGAACAAACUGAUUUUGGAAGCAUUCAAGAAUUAGCUUCCGCUUUGUAACAUCGAGGGUUCUUCGAUUUUCCAACUAUCAUCAAUGGAUGUUUAUGAGUACCAGAAAAAUUGUAACAUGAAAAUUAUCCGUAUUUUAUCAGCUUUGAUUCAUGCGACGCCUUUUUUCCUCCAACUGAGUUAACGUUUAUCUGGUAAUCAUUUUGAAACAUAAGGCAGAUUCGUUGCAAUUAUAUACCUGGUCAACGGUCAAAUCAUAAGUCUUCAAAUAAUUGAAACAAUUAAAAUUAAAAUUUGAAAAAAAAUAAAAUAAAUUAAGACAAGAAUCGCUGAACAUAAACGACGCAGAUACUAUCAACCACCACAAUCGUAUUGCCGUUUCUAACUUGCUGUAUUUUCCAUUAAAGUGAGUAUAGAAUAUCUACCAUCAAUUAAUUUGAACAUUAAAAGAAUUCUACCUUUAGCAGCAUAUUCAAAUUUUCUUAUAGUGCUUAUAGUCAAAACAUACAGUUUCACAAAUUAAUCCUUCUACUUUAGCAUUCUUGGGAUUGCCGUACGAUGUAUACCGAAUUGUUGAGCAAUUUGUGACUUGUAUUUUUUUUUCAUUGGCUUAUAUCGCCUUAUUAUCACUACACAAGAAUAAAUCUAUUACAAACAAAAUAUGUCUGUCUCUUCAUCGGCUCAAAAUGGGAAACGGCAUAGGUCGUGUAUCUCAUUUCACACAAUCGAAGAAAAAGUCGCUCAUAAUUUUUCAUAGUUUUUUAUUCUGAGCUUAUGAAAGUAAUAUGCAUUCAAGCUUUCGAAUAAACAUGUGAAUACGGCUAAUCACGAUAGGCGGCAUGAAUGCUCAAAAAUAUUUUUUCCGCUUAAAUUUCAUUUGUUGUUCAAUAAUUUAACGGCAGAUUGAACUUUUCAUAUAAUUUCUCAUUUUUCUGAAAAAGUGAUAAAAGCGAAACAUUUUCAGUGAUAAAUUCGAGAGUGAUAAAAACGAGACGUGAUAAAAACGCCCGGUGAUAUAAUCGAGAUGGCACUGUAUUUUGAUUAGUCUGGCUAGCUCACCGCCAAUAACGCGGAUAAUGCAAUGAAGGACUAAAAAUGAGUUUUAAACACGAAAAGGAGGUAUUUCAGCAUGAAAACCAGGUUUUAUCAAUACAGAAAUCAAUAAACUAUCCAUCUAGAAGGACGUAUACACCACUAGUCAGAUAAUGUGAAAGCCAUGGCCAAAACAAAAGUAGAUGAGCCUAUCACUCACAGACAAAUUCCGGGAAGGUUUAUGGAUUUACUAUGGAACUCGCUGUCGCGCAUAAUUCGCACCGCGGAUCAUCCGCUCGCGAAUAAUCGAGGUUCCACUGUAUUUAUUAUUUAUUUAUAUUUAUUUAUAUUAAUUUUUUAUAGUGACAAAUUGGCCGAAAGGUUAACUCUUGGCGCUCAUAUGUCUGCUAUCAGCCACCACAGCAAGGAAACAAACUAAAUGUAAUAGUUCACACUUUUUCUAAACGCAUUUUAAAGUGAACCUGUUCACGAAUUAAUUCCAAGCAUCUUUGAUUAAUAAAUAACGGUACUCGGUAUGAACAAAAGAUUACAAGUAUGAACUAUCUCUUUCAAGGGAAAUUAUUUUGAUUUAUAUUAUUUUGUGUUAAAAGUCACUAUAAUACAGAAAAAAAUCGCUUCGCAAAAUCUAUUGGAUUUUUUCCAGGUUGAAUGUACAUUCAUUGACCAUUUGGUGUCUAGUAUUUUCGUAUUUUUUCUGAAACUUCUUGUUAUAAACAACUUGGGAAAAGCCAGGCAGCGGUUUUCAUUCAAAUAGACCAUUUUGUCAAUCAUCACAAGGCUAUUGUCAACGUGGGAAGCAUGGCUUACCUAGAAAGUAGCUUUGAGAUUUGGGGUUACAGGAUUUAAAAGAAUAAAAACCUUAGAUGAUAGCUAGAAAAAAAUUAAACUUUUGUUUUUUUUAUCCCAUUUGUUUUUUUUUUAUAUCUGUAUUAUAGUGAUUUUCAACUCAUUUGGCUGGUUCGUCACUUUUUACUUCCAUUUUUGGAAGAAUGUCAGGAGUGAGAAUUGAACUCGUGACCUUUAGCGUGAGAGGCAUGGAUGUUACCACUACGCCAGAUCGCCUCCCAAUCCCAUUUGUUUAUUUAUUAAGGUUCAUUAGCAUUUUUUAGCAGCAACAGAGCCGGAUUUUAAUAGUGAACAUGUUACAUAUUUAAUCGAAUCUAUAAAUUGUAAAAAACUCUAUUUAUAUAACAGUAGCCAUUUUCAGGCGUAAGAAUAUUCCUUCUGUUCUUCCAUUGUUCAGCUAGACCACCGGACAGCGGAUACAGUUGAUAUGAUCAUUGUUGUGUUAUUCAUAGCACAACACAGCCCGAUGUUUCUCGCAAAUAGAGCAGUCCCAUGGAUGAAUCGACCUUGAUUCGACCGUGGAUCGAUCUCCAUCGCUGAUUGAUUGAGUUUUGAACUCACGAUCGAUCGCUCAGUAAGCGAACGCGCAACAAAUGUGGCUACGAAGACCCCCAAACUUUUCUUUUGAUAAAGAUGAUUUGAUUCAGGUUGCAUUGGUUUUAAUUUCACCAAUGCAACCUGAAUGCAAAUCAUCUUCAUCGAGGAAAUAAGUACUAAACUACUGGUUUAUUCUCGCGAUGCGGCAUGGUUGAAAGCAGGACAUGGAAUGAAGAUUUUGAUGGGAAUGGGAAACCAAUUCAAACGACACUUACUUUUCGUUCGCAUUAUCCUACAGGUCGGCAGUUGUCAAAAAUCCGAAUUAUUUUAUCGUCCUCCCUUACAUUUUAUAGGUUGGGUGUAUUAAGAAAAGUUUUUCAGAAUAUUGAUCCGCAAAAUUGGACAUUUUCAUUUAAAUUCUCACAGAGUUAAAAUAAAACUUGGUAAAGCAAUUUUUUUAUGCUUAUGGAAUAGUUGAGAUCUGUUUUCAGCCAAAUUGAAAUUGAUCAUGAAACUUUGCUGCAGAAACAUGAUUUCUAUAAGUGAGUCAUCGAGGCACAAUGGGUUUUCCGGUGCCACAUUUGGUUGAUUUGUCGAUUGAAUUCAGGAACGAACUCCUCUAUUUGAAGUGAAAACUGCUCCGAUCCGAAUUAAAGGAGUAGGUUUCAACAAGAGGUCGGUUUUCAACCAUAUGGAACCAAUGUGAAAUCAAUUACAAAUGAGGGGCUCAAAAUGAAAGGGGUGUAAGUGGCAUCAUCGAUUUCUCUACAUCGACUUUCUCUUUUGGUCACAACUCAGCUGCAAACAUAUUCCCAGCUGUAUUUGCCAAUGUGAAAGAUAGGUCAGGACCUCAUCUUUCGAAUUCUAUAACAAACUCAAAUUGGAACGUUUUUGCAGUUGAGUUAUUAACUGAAGAAAAAGUUGAUGAAGAGAAAUCGAUCAAAUCACUUACACCCCUUUCAUUCUAAGCCCCUCAAAUAGUAAUCACUAGUUAAUAUUUUUGGUUUGCUGUUUGGAAACUAGGCUCAAAAUUCAAAACUGAAAACUCUAUUUAUAUAGGACUCUUAUUUUCAAUGUUAUUUAAUAUAAUAGAUUAAAUCCGAAUAUGUUCUCUGCAAUCCUAGUGAUAUAUAGUCAAAAGUGUUUCCUUUAAUAUUUGUCGAAAUAAUCGUUUUUUUUUCUAAAAAAAAAUAUGGAUAACAAUAUUAACGACGUCUGCAUUAUCAUCAAUCACAGCAAUGUAAUUCUCAACACACGUAUUAAUAUUUAUUGUUUUACCACAUUCAACACAAAAUUCCAGUUAAUGUUGCGACUUCAGAUCCGAUAGCAUUUAGGUAUGCGAACUAAUACAAGCAACCUCUCAAGUGAAUUGAUCAACACUGUAAUUACACAUUAUAAUACGUUAAGUCUAAUUCAUCUUCGCUACACAGUAAGUGAUUCCUCCUAGAGUUCAAAGCCUAGAAGUGUAAAUAUCGCACCAAUCACACAGACCAUACCGAAGAAUAAAUACUAGGGAACUAGAACUUAAGAGCGUGCGGAAGAAUUCGAUUCCGACGAAACCAAAAAAACACACAACACAAAAUUCUAGCUCAAUGCACUCUUGAAUGCAUGAAUUGUGACGCCGCGAAAUGACACCAGAAAUGAACAUCGCAAACACGACACAAUACUCGUGCAUAACCAAGAACAUUUACAUACAGUACUUAGUGCCAAAGCGAAUAAAGGAUCAAACAAUUUGUUCUUAGUUUCGUCUAUUUUAAUUGUAAUGAUUUGCCCUUACUUCUCAUACAAACUGUAAAUUUACCAAAGACACUCCAAAUGCUUUUUAUCUAUGUUUUCGAAUCACAAGCAAGUCUUCUCGUUUACAUAGGAUUUAGGUUUAGUCAUAUGGAAUUGAUUUUGUCCAUCAGUGAAUUUGACCAGUAACUUUGCGAGUGAAAGGAAUAAACAAUACACAAAACAAAAGCUCGGAGAGGGAUAAUAAUAAAUCAGCAAAAGUCAGAGAACAAUAGGAAUUAUCUAGUAUUUAGGAAGACUUGUAAAUCGCACAACCAAAAGAAGUAUUUUUUUUAACCGGUAGAUAUUAUACAUGACAAGACAAAAUGCAGCGGUGGGAAAUAGUUUUUAGAGGUUAGAAUCCAUUACAAACAGAGAGAAAUUCGCAAAGUGUGGCGGACAUGAAGAGGGGGAUGAGGGGAGAUGCCAGGUUGUUGUGUAAUGGGAUACAAUUCAUACACAUAUAAUCAUAAACAUUGUGAAGCGGUAGCAAAUCGGGAGAAUUUUGUAUUUCACAGUUGAAGAAAAUAACUUGAUUGUGAAAAGAACGAGCAGCAGUAGAAGCGGUGAAAACACUUCGCUUGCUCAUGCAUCAAGGAAACAAAAGUGUACUGAAUUAAACAUAGCAUUACACAUAAAACAAUUAAUGUACUUCAAAAGUAGUGGCAGAAAUGAAGAGUGAAAAUAUAAUAAAACCAAACGAAACGCUGUAAGUGAAUAUAUAUGAAAUUAACAUUUGUUUCGAACUUGAAAUCUAUAUUAUAUAUUUAUUGGAAAACGAAGGAAAACAAUCUCUGCUCCCAGCUCAAAAAGGAAAGAGUUUCUAGAGUAUGGAUGUAGUAAAACUUGUGAAAACUGAGUCUAUAGAAAUGCACUUUGACAGUUAUUUUGGCGAGCCAAGCAGCGUGGAAUGUGAAUUCCUGUAUUACACUGUGUAUCUUUGAAACGUACUUCAAAAAAUUUAAACAGAGAAUGUUGUUUAUCUCAUACAUUAACAAGACAUUAUUAAUAGAUUUAAAAGGGGAUACAAAGAAAAAGAAGAUCGGUAAACGAUUGAGAAAUGAAAAUAAUUAGCGAAGGAUAGAAUAUUAUGCCGAAAAAAUUGAAAUAAAUUAUUGUUUUUAAUAAAUAA